AUGUGUCCCCACGCGCCCUGUGUCCCCACGCGGCCAGUGUCCCCACGCGCCCUGUGUCCCCACGCGCCCUGUGUCCUCACGCGGCCAGUGUCCCCACGCGCCCAGCGUCCCCACGCGGCCAGUGUCCCCACGCGGCCAGUGUCCCUACGCGCCCAGCGUCCCCACGCGCCCAGUGUCCCCACGCGCCCAGUGUCCCCACGCGCCCUGUGUCCCCACGCGCCCUGUGUCCCCACGCGCCCUGUGUCCCCACGCGCCCUGUGUCCCCACACGCCCUGUGUCCCCACGCGCCCAGUGUCCCCACGCGCCCAGUGUCCCCAUGCGCCCUGUGUCACCACGCGCCCUGUGUCCCCACGCGCCCUGUGUCCCCACGCGCCCAGUGUCCCCACGCGCCCAGUGUCCCCACGCGCCGUGUCCCCACGCGUCCAGUGUCCCCACGCGGCCUGUGUCACCACGCGCCCAGUGUCACCACGCGCCCAGUGUCCCCACGCGCCCUGUGUCAGCACACGCCCUGUGUCCCUACGCGCCCAGCGUCCCCACGCGCCCAGUGUUACUACGCGCCCAGUGUCCCCACGCGCUCUGUGUCCCCUCGCGCCCAGUGUCCCCACGCGCCCUGUGUCCCCAUGCGCCCUGUGUCCCCACGCGCCCUGUGUCCCCACGCGCCCUGUGUCCCGACGCGCCCAGUGUCCCUACGCGCCCAGCGUCCCCACGCGCCCAGCGUCCCCACGCGCCCAGUGUCCCCACGCGCCCAGUGUCCCCACGCGCCCAGCGUCCCCACGCGCCCAGCGUCCCCACGCGCCCUGUGUCCCCACGCGCCCUGUGUCCCCACGCAGCCAGUGUCCCCACGCGCCCUGUGUCACCACGCGCCCUGUGUCCCCACGCGCCCUGUGUCCCCACGCGCCCUGUGUCCCCACGCGGCCAGUGUCCCCACGCGCCCUGUGUCCCCACGCGCCCAGCGUCCCCACGCGCCCAGCGUUCCCACGCGCCCUGUGUCCCCACGCGCCCUGUGUCCCCACGCGGCCAGUGUCCCCACGCGGCCAGUGUCCCCACGCGCCCACCGUCCCCACGCGCCCUGUGUCCCCACGCGCCCAGCGUCCCCCGCGCCCAGCGUCCCCACGCGCCCAGCGUCCCCACGCGCCCUGUGUCCCCACGCGGCCAGUGUCCCCACGCGCCCACCGUCCCCACGCGCCCUGUGUCCCCACGCGCCCAGCGUCCCCACGCGCCCUGUGUCCCCACGCGGCCACCGUCCCCACGCGCCCAGCGUCCCCACGCGCCCUGUGUCCCCAUGCGCCCACCGUCCCCACGCGCCCUGUGUCCCCACGCGCCCAGUGUCCCCACGCGCCCAGCGUCCCCACGCGCCCAGUGUCCCCACGCGCCCAGCGUCCCCACGCGCCCACCGUCCCCACGCGCCCACCGUCCCCACGCGCCCACCGUCCCCACGCGGCCAGUGUCCCCACGCGCCCUGUGUCCCCACGCGCCCAGCGUCCCCACGCGCCCAGCGUCCCCACGCGGCCAGUGUCCCCACGCGCCCAGCGUCCCCACGCGCCCAGCGUCCCCACGCGCCCAGCGUCCCCACGCGCCCAGCGUCCCCACGCGCCCAGCGUCCCCACGCGCCCAGUGUCCCCACGCGCCCAGCGUCCCCACGCGCCCAGUGUCCCCACGCGCCCAGCGUCCCCACGCGCCCAGUGUCCCCACGCGCCCAGUGUCCCCACGCGGCCAGUGUCCCCACGCGGCCAGUGUCCCCACGCGGCCAGCGUCCCCACGCGCCCAGCGUCCCCACGCGCCCAGCGUCCCCACGCGCCCAGCGUCCCCACGCGCCCAGCGUCCCCACGCGCCCAGCGUCCCCACGCGCCCAGCGUCCCCACGCGCCCAGCGUCCCCACGCGGCCAGUGUCCCCACGCGGCCAGUGUCCCCACGCGCCCAGCGUCCCCACGCGCCCAGCGUCCCCACGCGCCCAGCGUCCCCACGCGCCCAGUGUCCCCACGCGCCCAGCGUCCCCACGCGCCCAGCGUCCCCACGCGCCCAGCGUCCCCACGCGCCCAGCGUCCCCACGCGCCCAGCGUCCCCACGCGCCCGCGUCCCCAGCGUCCCGUCCCCACGCGCCCAGCGUCCCCACGCGACCAGCGUCCCCACGCGCCCAGUGUCCCCACGCGCCCAGCGUCCCCACGCGCCCAGUGUCCCCACGCGCCCAGUGUCCCCACGCGCCCAGUGUCCCCACGCGGCCAGUGUCCCCACGCGCCCUGUGUCCCCACGCGGCCAGUGUCCCCACGCGCCCUGUGUCCCCACGCGCCCAGCGUCCCCACGCGGCCAGUGUCCCCACGCGCCCUGUGUCCCCACGCGCCCAGUGUCCCCACGCGCCCUGUGUCCCCACGCGGCCAGCGUCCCCACGCGGCCAGUGUCCCCACGCGCCCAGUGUCCCCACGCGCCCUGUGUCCCCACGCGGCCAGUGUCCCCACGCGCCCAGCGUCCCCACGCGGCCAGUGUCCCCACGCGCCCUGUGUCCCCACGCGCCCAGCGUCCCCACGCGCCCAGUGUCCCCACGCGCCCAGCGUCCCCACGCGCCCAGUGUCCCCACGCGCCCUGUGUCACCACGCGCCCAGUGUCCCCACGCGCCCAGCGUCCCCACGCGCCCAGUGUCCCCACGCGCCCUGUGUCCCCACGCGGCCAGUGUCCCCACGCGUCCUGUGUCACCACGCGGCCAGUGUCCCCACGCGCCCUGUGUCCCCACGCGCCCAAUGUCCCCACGCGCCCAGUGUCCCCACGCGCCUUGUGUCACCACGCGCCCUGUGUCCCCACGCGGCCAGUGUCCCCACGCGCCUUGUGUCACCACGCGCCCUGUGUCCCCACGCGGCCAGUGUCCCCACGCGCCCUGUGUCACCACGCGCCCUGUGUCCCCACGCGCCCAGUGUCCCCACGCGCCCAGCGUCCCCACGCGCCCAGUGUCCCCACGCGCCCAGCGUCCCCACGCGCCCAGUGUCCCCACGCGCCCAGCGUCCCCACGCGCCCAGCGUCCCCACGCGCCCAGCGUCCCCACGCGCCCUGUGUCACCACGCGCCCUGUGUCCCCACGCGGCCAGUGUCCCCACGCGCCCUGUGUCACCACGCGCCCUGUGUCCUCACGCGGCCAGUGUCCCCACGCGCCCUGUGUCACCACGCGCCCUGUGUCCCCACGCGCCCAAUGUCCCCACGCGCCCAAUGUCCCCAAGCGGCCAGUGUACCCAUGCGCUCAGUGUCACCAGGCGCCCAGUGUCCCCACGCGGCCUGUGUCACCACGCGCCCAAUGUCCCCACGGGGCCAGUGUCCCCAAGCGGCCAGUGUACCCAUGCGCUCAGUGUCACCACGCGCCCUGUGUCCCCACGUGCCCAGUAUCCCCACAAAUAACAUAGUUUUACUCGGCUUCAUAUUCCUUCCAUUAAUUAAAUUCAAUUCUCUCUGGCGCCGCUAA